UUUACUGGUCUAAACGAUAGACCAUUUUCCCCUCGCGGAGGAGAGGAUCCGUCCGAUCUUUCUGUGACCGCACCCGUUUGUCUUCCACCUCGUCUGAGCUCUCUCUCCGAGACUACCAAAGCUAAAAAUCGUUCGUAAGGUCUCCAAUUCAGAAGGCUUCGUCGUCUCUCUCUCUCUCUCUUUGUUCCAAUGGAUGAACACCCUUCUAUGAGUGAGGAUGGGGAUAUGAAUCACAUUGUAGAGAGUUCUGAUGGUAAAGAGGUAACCACAAGUGAAGGAAGUUCUGAUAUGGAACCAUAUGUAGGUAUGGAGUUUGAAUCUGAAGAGGCUGCCAAGGUGUUUUAUGAUGCAUAUGCUACACGCUUGGGAUUCAUCAUGAGAGUUGAUGCAUUUCGACGAUCAAUGCGUGAUGGGAAGGUUGUUUGGCGUCGGCUUGUGUGUAAUAAAGAAGGAUUUCGCAAGUUAAGGCCUAGAAGAAGUGAAAAUAGGAAGCCUCGAGCAAUAACACGAGAAGGAUGUAAGGCCAUGAUAGUGGUAAAGAAAGAGAAAACAGGAAAAUGGGUUGUAACAAGAUUUGUAAAGGAGCAUAAUCAUCCACUGGUAGCCAUACCUUCUAAUGGUCGUCGAAGUGUGCUUUUAUCUCAAACCCCUGAUGAGAAAGAUGUAAAGAUUCGGGAAUUGACUGCUGAGUUACAACGAGAGCGCAAGCGGUCUGCAGCUUAUCAAGAACAGCUUUACAUGGUUUUGAGAGAAAUGGAGGAGCAUUCCAAUCACCUAUCAAGAAACAUUGAGGACAUAGUGCAAAGUGUCAGAGAAAUCGAAUCAAAGAGUCUGAACUUGUAGGUUGGGCAGAAUUACCCUGUACAAAAAUUUUCAUGGAACUUUGAUUUCUAAUCGCAUGAUAAAAUUGGUGUGGCUC